ACGACGGACUUGUGCGUCUCCGUCGAAUGGGGUUUUACUAAAAGAUGAACGAAGGGGAAGCGGUAUGGGGGAAAGUAGCUGAACAUGUUGGAAUUGUAGAUUGGACUGUAGUCUUGCUUGGUUACGAGUUAGUCGUCUCGAUUUCACUGAGUGAAGAGACUAGAGCAAGAGGUUGAUCGUGGCUAGUAGAUUAGCAUCAGAGCUAGCUGGCUAGCUAGAUUGCUAAGGCAGCUGGCUCCGAGCUCGAAGCGAAAGUAAAUCAUUGGAGGGCGGUGAUAAGUUGUUGGGUGCUUGUUCUUUUCAUGACUGGUCACUUCACCAUCGCUUUCUAACAGCUAAUUGUUGUUGGGGUACACGAAACAAACAUAUAAAAGUUGUGUGACAUUUUUAAAAGGCCAAAAACUCAGAAAAACUGCUAGCUGGUAUAAUCGGAGAAUCUACACGCUGGACAUGGAUAGCAAGCCUCUGCUACAAGACAAACCCCCUGCCUACAGUGCAGUGCCGGGGGCGUACGAGUACGGGCAACAGCACAAUUACGGAGCUAUUCCCCCGCCACCCCACUUCCAACAACCGCCCCCGCCGUAUCAGUAUCCUGAUGGACCAGGAUUCUCACAGACCUCCCAGUUGCCACCUGUUGCCCAGCAGCCAAACUAUGCAGGCACAUACACCAUCAUCCAGCCCUCUGUGGUGGUGGUUGGAGGCUGUCCAGCUUGCAGAGUCGGGGUGCUGGAAGAUGACUUCACCUGCCUGGGGAUCCUGUGUGCCAUUGUCUUCUUCCCCAUAGGAAUCCUCUUCUGCCUUGCGCUACGCCAGAGGAGAUGUCCCAACUGCGGCGCCACCUUUGGCUAGAGGGACCAAACUGUAACUCACCGGAGACCUGAUUUUCCAUACAUUUGCUAUUCAGAUGUUGGAUUUUUUUUUCCCCUGCAUCAGUGCAUUGACGAUGCUGUGCACAUCCUACCUAAGUAGUGACCAUGAAGGUACAAUGGAAUGAAAUGGAAAAGGAGCUAUUUUUUGGAAAAUCUUCAUUUUUGUUCACAUCCACAAACAUUUUCUUCUGACCUUUGCAUUCAUUGAUUAGUCAGUCGUUGGUGCAUUGGAAAUAAAGGUUAAAUAGAGAACCUAGUCUGGAGUGGUGUGAAUCAGCUGCAAGUGAACUUCUAUUUCAGUGCUAUUCUUUUCCAUUAAAUUCCAUUAUACCAGUUUUUGCCGUUGGGUUUUGACCGCUUGUCACAAUCUUAAAACAUACACCUCUUCCUUGCUGUGCUUGGGAUCAGAAAUAUUGUGUUUUGCUUGAACAAGAGGGAUAAUAUUCAUUGACUUAUAAUUUUCAUAUUAUCCUCAGUCAGCUUGAGCACAGUCACAACAGGGAAUGCAAACAAAAUGAUUUUCACCACCGAAAAGACCAAGCCUCAUCCCACUUGCACUGCUUUUCCUGUCCCAUUACACUGAAAGUCCUCCAGUCAUAACGGAAAGGCUGUGCUGAAUGGAUCAAUUUAAGGAAGUGCUAAUCUAGUUCCCAAAGUUGAGCGUUGUUAUUGAGGAGUUGCCUGAUGUCCCUAACAUGCUGUAUAGUAUUUUUUUUUCCUUGUAAAUCAGAUCUGCUCUUGGGGGCAUUUCUUGCAGUUGGGGCCAUGUUUUAACCACACUUUACCCUGGUGAUGCUAUUAGUAUUAAAAUGAUUGAAGGACUGCGACACCUCAUUCAUUGCUAAAGUCAUUGUGAUGCUGUAAAGUGCUUCUGCAAGCUCCGGAAGCCUGUACUUAUUUUGAUUAAGGGAAGUAUGUUGGUAUGACGACAUGCAUUUCAGUUUGGCAACC